GUCAGUCCGCGCUCGACAGACCUCCAUGACUCGACAGACCUCCAAUGGGUCAAAGCAACUGCUGCCAUGAAGACAAGGUGCCACAGGCCAUUGAAGAGGUGCCGGGCCAUGCCGGGACAGGUCCAGGUGAUGUGCCCAAAGCGCCUGCCGCGGUGACCCUCGACGCAUGCAACGCCGAAGAGACCGGCGAAGCGCUGCCUGUGACUUUUAAUAGCUGCAGGAGCCAUUUUGGACGGAUUCAGCGUCAGAACACCAAUCGGCAGCUACUUGUGGACACGGAGAUCCUUCGAAGCGUCUCAUUGAGGAGGACUUUACAUUGGCUGGGGGAGAUGUGGUCCAAAAACCCCGCGGAGCUCAGCAUCUCCCAGGGGGAAGCUCUUUGGUCUCAAUCGCAUCCAGCCUUGAAGUAUGACAUCUUCCUCUCACACACCUGGCAAACAUCAGGUACACAGAAAUUCCUGGCCUUGUCGCUCCAAAGUGGCUGGUCAGUUGCCAUUGCUUUUUGGCUGCUUGGCGUUUCAACUUCCGUGGUCCUUUGCUUGUGCAAGGUCUUGCCCACGUGGCCGGUGAUGGUCUUACCCAACUUCGACGCGCCGACCACGGUGUGGACAAACCUCCUGGGCCUGAUUUUCCUGACCGUGGGCUUCUUGAUCGCGCCCUAUUUGCCCCGCUGUAGAAGUGUGGCAGACGCCUGUUUUCUGGACGUGGCUUGUGUGAAUCAGAGUGACCGAGAACUUAUGGAACGAGCUGUCUAUGGCUUGGGCGGCUUCCUUUCAGUUUCUGAUGAGUUGCGCGUCUUAUGGAGCCCACCAUAUUUAUCCAGACUUUGGUGCAUCUUCGAACUGGCCGCCUAUCGCUCCGCGAACCCCACGGGGCGCAUCCGUUUCGCGCCCAUCUACAUCGAACUUUCAGUCCUGGUGGCCGUUGUAGCUGGACAUGUUGCCUGCUGCUUCUUCGCAGCGUUCACUGGGUGGCUCUCGGCACAUCCAGCGCUAGCUGCCAUAGCAGGUUGGCUGCCCCUGACGCAGGCCUUGCAUACAUUGCGGAGGCUGAACCGUUCCAGAGCUGAGCUCAUCUCUGAGAUGCAGAGCUUCAGUUUGAGUCGAGCAGUUUGCAGUAACAGCCAGGAUCGCGACUAUGUGAUGUCGGCCAUUGCGCAUUGGUACCAAAGCCCUGAAGGCUUUGAGGACUACGUCCGCGGGCCUUUGCGACAAGAGUUGAUGAGGAGCAUCAGUUUCGCCAAGGUGUCUCCUGGGUACCUUUUCCUCAUAGCUACUGCUCCCGCGAGUGCGGCAAUUCAAGUCCUCAUUGGGUUUUGGGAGAGUGGUGCUUCAAGGGAGGAGCUCCUUUGCAGUGUUGUUGCAAGGGUGCUCAGCACGGGCAUCUUUUGGAUGAUUUUCUGCGCCAAAAUGUGUAUCCUCAACUUGUGCCACCGCUUCGCCGCACGAUGGCCAUGCUGCGACCUGCUGCCUAGCCUCUUGAUCAGCCUCGCCCUCCUCGUCGCCACCCAACUUGGGGUCGUGCUGGGGCGAAUGGCCGCGCAAAACCUCCUCACGGCUUUGCAUCUCUGGCCAAAUUUUGGGGAGGUGGAGGUGAUUUGGUUGGCACUUUCCUUGUCUUUGACCAUUGGCACACUUCGCUGGUGAUCGUGUUCGACGUGGUGAUUGGUAUCUCACCUGACUGGACAAUCCGGUUCAGCCGAUUUUCGCACCUUUCAACAUUCAAGCUUUUUGAAGGACGCUAGUUGUCGCCAGUUGCCGCAGCAGACAAGGCUUUGCACGAUUC